AUGCAGCUCCAUAUCGCACUCGUCUGUGCCUUGGUCCUAGCAGUUGUCCAGUCCCUGGCUGCCACCGCAGGCAACAGCACUGAAAGCGCAAGCAGCUCUAGCAUCGCAAGCAGCUCCAGCAGCAGUGCGACCAGUGCAGCAGCUGCGAGCAGCCCCAGCAGCAGUGCGACCAGCGCUAGUAGCAGCAGUGCCCCCGCCAGCUCGAGCGUGGCUGGCGGUGCGAACGGCACCACACACACAAACGGCACCGGUACCACGAACACGACGGCCAACACAUAUGAUGAGCCGAAGCUCCGUGCUAUUCUUGGCUCGAACGACACCAAGAAGUUUGAAGUGGGCAUGCGCCUCCCCAACACGUCCUUUGACAUCCCCCCCUCGUGGGCCGGCAACUUGCCAGUGAGCAACAAGUCGGAUGAGACGCGCAACAUUUACUUCUGGAUGUUCCCUGCGACGGGCGACGUUGGCCAUGAUGAUGUUAUUUUCUGGAUGAACGGCGGUCCCGGCUGCUCUGCGCUGAGCUCGCUGAUGGGCGAAAACGGCCCGCUGUCGUUUGACCCCGUCACGUAUGUUGCGAAGCCUGCUCCCCAGACCUGGUCGAAGCUGGCCAACGUUGUUUGGAUUGACCAGCCCGCCGGUACUGGCUUUGCGCUUGGCGCCGCGAAGAACCAGUCCAUGGAGGAGGUUGCGGAGGACUUUAACGGUUUCCUGUUGAACCUGUACAAAAACUUCCCCAAGCUGCACGGCAAGCGUAUGUGGAUUGGUGGUGAGAGCUUUGCCGGGAAGUUUGUCCCCUUCAUGGCCGACCAGAUCUACAAGAACGAGACGGAGAACAAGGCAGCCGGCAUGGAUCUGCAAGGUAUCCUGAUUACGGAUCCGCUCUUUGCACCUAAUGUUGUGACGAAGGAAGUGGGUGCAGUGGAAUUUGGUCUCUCGCAUGCCAAGCUGCUCAACUUUACGCAAGAGCAGGUGCAGGAACUGGAGCAGAUUGGUAAGCAGAAUGGCAUCAGUACCUUUAUGCGGGACAAUCUGGUGUACCCCCCCAAGGGCCCCAUCCAGCUGCCCAAGCAGCUGAACGAGAGCUUUUCGCCGUACAAGCACCUGCAAAAGAUUCUGCGCAAGAACAACCCCUGCACGUCGCCGUACUAUAUCCUGAACAAGGCGUGCUCGGUGGAUGCGCUGGGCAUGAACGCGACGGUCGAGAAGAGCAGCGCCACGAACUACUUCAACAACAUGACUGGCGUGAAGGAGUUUAUCCACGCCCCCACGAACGUGUCCUGGAUGCAGUGCGCGUCCGACAAGCCGUUCAAGACGAUGAAGAAUGCCAAGACGGGCUACCCUGUGCCCGAGGUGCUUUCGCGCGUGAUUGAGAAGAGCAACCGUACGAUGGUCGGCCACGGCACGUACGACUUUGUUGUGCUGUACAAUGGUACAGCCCUUGCGCUCCAGAACAUGACGUGGCACGGCAAGCAGGGCUUCCAGAGCCCUCCGAAGCAGAAGCUGCUGACCAACGGCCAGGAGGAGGGCUACUACCAGACGGAGCGUGGCCUCACCUUCUUUGUCCUGGAAAAGGCCGGCCACAUGCUUCCGCGCUACGCGCCUGGCGCGUCGUUCCGCCUGCUCGAGUACCUCUUGGGCCAAAAGACGCUGGAGCAGCUGAAUGAUUAG